AUCAAAAAGUAUAUAAUGGAAGAAAUUGUUAGUUUGGAUCAGCAGUCGCUCAUUGAAAUGAAGAUCACCGUCGUUGUCCUGCUGUGCGCCAUCGGCUGCUCUUUGGCAGCUCUGGAGCGUCCACGUCCUCCAAGACCGAGACCACCACCACCACCAACAAGACCUCCAAAAGAUGAGGACACGUUAGUGUUGGUGCAUACGGUCUUUAGACAUGGAGACCGUACACCCAACGACGGAGCCUACGACAGCAAUCCUUAUUCAAAUGAGAGUUUCUACUGGCCAUAUGGGUUUGGACAAUUAACCAAUGAGGGAAAAAGAAGGGAAUACAGGAUCGGCGAGACUCUUAGAACACGAUACAACGACUUCCUUGGCGACGUGUGGAACAUCAAUAUUUUAGAAGCCAGGAGUACUAACGUUAACAGAACGAAAAUGUCUUUGCAACUUAUGUUGGCUGGUCUAUGGCCACCCACAGGAGAUCAAAUAUGGCAACCAUGGCUGGACUGGCAACCCAUACCUUACAAUUAUUUAUCCACCGAUAAGGAACUUCUGAGUACUUUCUCUUGUAGCAACUUUAGUACCUUAUACGAGGAAACAUUAAAUUCCGCCGAAAUACAGGAACUACUUUCGGUAUACGAUGAUGUGUUUGAAUACGUUUCAAAUAACACCGGGGAAGAUUUCAGCACUCCUUCUGAUAUAUUCAGUUUAUAUUUUGAAUCCGUUGCCCAACUUGAAUAUGGAUAUCCGCUAGAACCGUGGCUGCUAAAAGUAUUUCCAGAAACAUUAGAGAAAAUUACUAAAGACCACUACUAUAUAGCAACUAAUACUACCGAUUUGAAAAAGAUUGCCGGAGGCUUCCUAUUAAAGAAAAUAAUUAACGAUUCGAAAGCAAAAAUUGACGGACUGCUCACACCGCAAGAUAGAAAAAUGUUCAUUUACUCUGCACACGAGAUAAACAUCGCCACUACCCUUCUCACUUUGGGUGUUUACGAGGAUAAAAUUCCGGCUUAUGGGUCUCACGUCUUGCUCGAGCUGCACCAGAUCCGGGGCGUUUAUGGAUUCAAGGUAUUUUACCAUGACUGGACUACAAGUGAACCAUAUCAGCUCACUAUUCCGGGUUGCUCCGCUUUCUGCCCAUAUGACCAGUUUGUUGAACUAUUGGCUGAAGUUAUUCCCACUGGAGAAGAGUGCUAGAAGACCUUUUGGGUGUCUGCACAUUUAAUUGAACAAAAAUAUGUAAAUUAAAAGAUAAUAAAUGUGUUUUAAUUGGAAAAA